UUGACGUCUGCUGUCAUCUGCCAGAGACAGUUGUCUGUCAUCAGUGUCAACAAAUUUAUGAAUUGGUUUAAUAUGUUCUGAGCUGAAGAUUUUUAACAAUUAUAAGAAAAACAUAAUUUAAAUAAAAUGUCUUCUGUAACGAUAAUUGGCAGUCAGAUAUUAAAGCCUCGCUGUGGUGUUGUUGGCAUAGCAGUGGUAAAAACAAGCAACUAUAGUACAGAUCCACAAACUUACAAUUUAUCAGCUUUGAAAAGGGGGACAGGCGGUAGAUCUAGUUUCAAUGGAAUAGUAGCUACAGUAUUUGGGUCCACUGGUUUCACAGGACGUUAUGUUGUUAAUAGAUUGGGGAAAAUCGGUACUCAGAUGAUCCUUCCCUAUCGAGGGGAUACAUUGGAUAUUUUAAGGCUCAGAGUAUCUGGAGAUUUAGGUCAAAUCUUCUUCACCCCCUACAAUUUGAAGGAUGAAGAUUCGAUAAGAAAAGCUGUAAAAUAUUCUAAUGUUGUUGUGAACUUAGUUGGCAGGGAUUGGGAAACUAGGAAUUUCAAGUUUAAUGAUGUACAUGUUGAGGGGGCGCGUAGAUUAGCCAGAAUUGCUAGAGAGUGUGGAGUAGAUAGAUUCAUUCAUAUAUCAUCUUUGAAUGCUUCUGACCAUCCAGAAGGACACGUACUACCCAAGGGUUCUGAAUUUUUAAGAAGUAAAUUCGAAGGUGAAAUCGCAGUUUUAGAAGAAUUUCCUGAUGCUACCAUAUUCAGACCGUCAGAUAUCUACGGUCAGGAAGACAGAUUUUUAAGGUACUUUAUUCACGGCUUAAGAAGGACUGAUGAAUUCAUGCCUGUUUGGAAGAAGGGAGAAGCCACUAUAAAGCAGCCUUGUUAUAUUGGCGAUUUUGCAGCAGGAGUAGUGGCUGCAGUUAGAGACCCAGACACUAAAGGAAAAAUUUAUCAAGCUGUUGGACCUAGAAGGUAUUACCUAUCAGAGCUCUUGGACUGGUUCUUCAGAGUAAUGAGAACAGAAAAAUUUGUCAGAUAUCCAUUGGAAUACGACCCUCUGUUUUCGCUCAGAGUCAAGUUCUUUGAAUUUGUGAGGCUGAACUAUCCAGUUGCUAACUUACACUGGGAUAGAAUUGAAAGAGAAUGCGUAACAGAUGACGUUAAAAGAGAUUUACCAACCUUGGAAGAUUUAGGAGUGACAUUAACUCCUAUGGAAGAUCAGAUCGCUUAUGAAUUGAGGCCCUGGACUCAUGGUAUAUAUCAUGGAGUGGACGCAGAUGAACCAACACCUAGAGCAGAACCUCCAAAGGUAGUUGUGUGAAUCGAUUAGCAAUAGGUAUUGCUGAUUUGUAAAAAACCUAAUAAUAUGAAUAAACCAUGAAAAGUUCUCUGAAUAAAGAUUUUUAAUGGC